AUGCCAUUCACCGACGCAACCCUGCCCGAAAUCCCCGAAUUCGACGCCCUCACGCUGGACCCCCGAGGGCCUCCCGGCAACGCGUGGGGCCUCUUCGGCGACAAGGACGAGCUAGGCAUGCUGAAUCUGCUGACGCCCGAGACUGUGGCCGCGGCAGCAAAAGAAAUCAAGACAGGCAUGCGUUUCUCGCUGGACCUGCCGCUGAACCAGCCCGCGUUUCCCAGCUUCGGCCGCCAACCCUUCCACCACGAGAUCCGCCAACUGGGCGACCGCACCGUCAACGACGACAUUGUAUCAUUCAACACGCAGUCAAGCUCGCAGUGGGACGGCUUCCGUCACUACGGCAACCAAAACCUGAAAUGCUACUUCAUGGGCCACACCCAAGACGACAUCCUCAAGUCCGACGUCAUCGGCACCAACGCCUGGCUCCACACGGGCGGCAUCCAAGGCCGCGCGAUCCUGCUCGACUACCCCAGCUGGGCCUCGUCCCAAACGCCCCCCCUCCCGCUCCCCUCCCCCUUCACCUCCACCGCCAUCCCCCUCUCGCACAUCCAGCGCCUCCUCGCCUCCCGCCGCAUCGUCCCGCGCCGCGGCGACAUCCUCCUGCUGCGGACGGGCCUCGACGCCGCGCUCAAAGCGCUCUCCGCCGACGAGCAGCGCGCGGUGGCGACGCGGGCGGAGGCGGAUUUCGUGGGGCUGCAGGCGGGCAGGGAGACGCUGCGGUGGUUGUGGGAGGCGGGCCCGUUUGCGGCGGUGGCGAGCGACGCGCCGAGCUUUGAGAGGGCGCCGGUGUUGGGCGCGCAUGCGGAGGAAGGGUUUACGCUGCAUCAGUGGUUGUUGGCGGGGUGGGGGUGUCCGAUUGGGGAGUUGUUCGAUUUGGAGGGGUUGGCGGCGGCGUGUGAGAGGGAAGGGAGGUGGGAGGUGUUUUUUAGUAGUGUGCCGUUGAAGGUUCCUGGAGGCGUUGCGAGCCCGCCGAAUGCGGUCGCCAUCAUGUGA